CUCAGCCUCUUCCCGGGGGCAGCGUCGGAGCCUUGGGCGGCUGUGCAAUCGCCGGCCUCCGCCGCGGGCCGGGGCUUUGCCCGCAGGUGGCAGUGCUCUCAGCUGGGGCCAGUCUGCUGUGCUCUGCUGUGCCAAGGUAACUGGGACCUUCUGGAAACAAGACUCUACCACAGUCCAAAGGAGUGAAGCUCUAAUGGUGAAAUUGACCUGAGUGAUCAUGCCUUUGGCCGAGGACCGGACCGAGCAGUACAUCCGCUUCCACCUCAGCGACUUCUUCCGCAUCGAUGUCUUGGAGAUACUGUCCCACCUGCCCUGCCUCACUGCUGCUGACCAGGACAAGCUGCGCGCCUACAUUGACCGCCAUGGCAACCGCGACAGCGUGUGGAAACUGUUUGAUCACCUUCGGAAGCGCACCGACUGGGUGAACUGUCUCAUCAAAGCCCUGCGGGAGUGCGAGCUGACGGACCUCGCCAACGUCGUUGCCGACGUCUACGCCUCCAACCAGACCCCAGGGUUCCAAAUCCAUCCCGGAGGCUUCACUGCCCCUGUUCCACCCAGAAGCCAGCCCGUGUCCCAGAACACCCCACCACGACCUUCUGCUGGGGCCCCAGGGCCCCGUCCACCUGCCAGUGGGAGUCCAGCCACUCAACCAGGGCCUUCUUUGCCUGACACCACCUACAAUGGUUACCCAGAAGAACUGGAGAGAGACGGAGGGCAGGACAGCCACUCUGCCCCCAUCCAGGACACACAGCCACCAGAGUCUAAGAGUGAGGUCCCACGGGCAGCCCUGAAUCCUGCCUAUUCUGGGGACACAUCCAGGAGCCCCCAAAGCUCCCCUGGAGACUCUUCUUUCUCAGCUCCUGCUGCCACAGUCACUGGAAAACACCGCAAAGAGAGCGGAGGGUCAGGUGACAGCCCCCCAGCUUCUGCCUCUCUCCCACCGUCUUCUAGAGGCCCCGUAUCUCCGUCUGCCUCCUUUGUGCCCCAUUCCAGGAAGGCAGGCCCCACAUCUGGACCCCAAUCACCGCCUUCCCCACUUGAAGCUUCCUUCCCCCGUGCUGCGGCUUCCUCACAGGAUAAUGAAAACCAGCUGAUGGCUGCCUCUCCCAUCCACGGCACAGGCCUGCCCGCCAGCAAAGAGCCUACCACCAGGAUCCUGGGGCCACAGAGGGUGCCGCCGCCAUUGGCCCCGAAGUUCCCCAGCCCUGUCCCCCAGGUGCCCCCUCCCCAUGUGGAAGAGAUGGAGGUGAGCAAGCCUGGGGUGCUUCACUCGUGUGAUGACCAGCCCUACUCCGGUGACUCUGAGCGCCUGAUCAUCAGCAGGGACUCUGGGAGUGAGUCCCUCCACAUCAGUAGCAGCAGUUCUGUGAAUCUCCCCGAGGAGAAUGACUACUUCUCAGUCACCAAUGUGCCUUCCCCUGGGAAACCAGAAGCCAGUGGUCCCCCCAAAGAGGUUGGGGACUCAGAGAGUCCUUCCCUGGGAACCUUCAUGCUCCGUGUUGACGAGAGGCCCAGUGAGGGCCUCCUUGAGAGUGGUCCUGACGUGGGCCAGACACCUGGCACUGCAGCCCAGCCUGGAGUUGAUCCCAGUAGGGACGGCUCCUGGGGAGUGUGGCUGGGGUCUGCUGUGGCCGUGGCUCUCUUUUCUGUGGCCUUGGCCCUCUUUUAUAAGCGCAUCAAAAAAUAAGGGUCUAACAGGGUCCCCUCCCUCCCCCUCAAGUGUCACAGCCUGUGACCAGCCCCCCAUCUGGGGGCAGGGAAGAGUUGUUGCUGCAGGCUGAGUUGGAGGGAGAAGCCCUGUGCUCAUGGGGUCAUCUGACCAUGACCAGUGGGGCUGGCCCCUAGGGCCAUGAACCUGCUUCCUCCUCCAUAAAAAGGAGGGGGUUAGAUGAGAUGCCAUUUAAGGGCCAUAGGCCUUGAGAGCCCUGAACGUAGUCUGGGUGCACUUCUCCCAUCCCCCAUCCACACGCUUUGUGCCCAGUUGUAGCUUCUGCAGUGGCCAUCCACACUCUUCUGUGGUUGAGAGACAUUUGAUGCAGGGAGACAGGGCCUGGAGUGGGGAUGUGGGGAAACCUGUUGGUUGAGGUCUAACAUUCAUUUAUCCAGCUCGAUCCCUGGCUAGUGAAGGGGGCAGACACAAUGACCUCGUCUCUGGAUUGGGGCUCUCGUGGACAGGAGGUGCAGGAGACCAAACCUUGCAGUCCUCCGAGCCGUGAGCUGCCUUGGGAAGUAAAGAUUUCUCUGGCACUGAGGGUAUCCCGGCAUCGUAUGAAUGACCGUCUUUCAGGAAAGUGAGAGCCCCUCCACCAGGCAGAUGUGUGAGGCCCUCUCAAUGCUGGCUGACCACCCUAGCCAUCUCCUCCCCACCUCCCACUGGUACUUGGGUCUCUUGUGGAGGCCCCCCUGUGCUAGGCCUGCCAAGGAAGCAAGAGGGGAUGGGCCCUGUCCUUGAGGAGCUGGGACAGGUUGGGGAGAGAAGAGAGCCUCGUAAGAAACGGGGAACGUGUCAGGCCUUAACCACGAUGGCCAGCCUGUGCCCGAACCCCCUGCUGAAAAUGAAACCUUGUGGCCCUGCCCAUGUGCCAGCAGUGCUGAGCGGGCAUAGUGCCUCUCCCUGUGCCUUCCCAAGGAGGCCUCUUUGUGUGGAGUCCGGCCUCAAGAGCUGGCAUUGGGUGGUGGUCACAGGAGAGGCCUUCUCUACGCUGCCUCUGUCUCAGCUUCAUGGGGCUAAAACCCAAGCCCAGGAAGGAUGGCACGUGCCUUCUCCCAAGUGCUGCUUAUCCCCCACUCCCAAAACUUCCAUGUCACCAUCCCAUUCAUUCACAACUGCUUCAUGCCUAUCCCUUUCCCAGUCCCAUUGCCCCUGGCACAAGGUAGAAAGGCCACUGGACAGGGAAUGAGAAGUCUUGGGUUCGGAUCCUGACUUGGCUACUUUUCUAUUUCUUUGGGCAGGCUGCUUUCUCUGAGCCUCAGUUUCUUCAACUGUAAAGUCAGGGGAUUGGAUGAUCUAAGGUCUGUUAUGUCAGCCCACCUCUAGCAUCUGCUUCCCUCGGGUCACCGUAGCCCCGUCUCCUGUGGGAUCCAGUCUAGCUAUCUGGUGUUCAGCGCCAGCACCCCCUUCCUAACAGGGUUCCACUCAGCCCGUUGAACUGCCUACCCCUCCACUUGCCCUGCUUCUGACCUGUCAUGCCGUCACUGCAUCAUUCGCAUCUUAGAGAUCCCCUGGUCCAGGGGUGAGGAACCUGUGGCCUGGAGGCCACGUGUGGCCCUCCGGGUCCUCAAGCACAGCCCUCUGACUGAGUCCAGACUUCACAGAACAAAUCGCCUUCAUAAAAGGAUUUGUUCUGUGAAACUUGGACUCAGUCAAAAGGCUGCACCCAAGGCCCCAGAAGGCCACAGGGUCCCCAGCCCUGGACCAGGGUCUGGUCCAGCCUUCAUGCAGCACAAGUGAGGGGACAGAAUCAGCCUUGCUGGCAGUGAGGACUAGAGCUGGGAUUCAGAUGUAGAGUAAGCAGCUCAUCUAGGGAGCGUGUGCCAGGCCAGGAUCCCAGACAAAGCUGGCCCCUGCCCUCUGGGCUUGUGCUGUCCUGUGACUCUCCCCCCCCCCCCCAAGGCCUUACUCCUUUCCUACCUCCAGGGAGAUACCUUGACAGUGGCAGCCCGUGUUGUCCGUGGCUUGUGUGUGCCUUUCAUCCACUUGUGUGGCGUACCUAAAGAGGAGGGGCCGUAUCACACUCUGUGGUCUAGUGGACGUAGAGAAGGUGCUUGGCAUGAAGGAGUGACUGGAUUGAGGGGGUGGAAAACUGCGGUCUUGAGGAGAGAGGAGGGCUUCCUGUCAUCUCUAAAUCUCCCCAGCUCGGCCCCACACCAGCAGAUCCUUCCCCAGUAACUAGGGCCCACCACAUUAUGCUGUGUCGAUUAAGCUGGAACUUAGCACUGUUGCUCUAAUGCACCAGGGGCUGCAUUGUGGGUCCCAGUCUGCCUUCUGUCAGGCUGUUUAUCCCCAAGGAGUCCCCUGAUGGGAGCCCAAAGCAUGGAGAACCCCACGGUCCUCCUUUCCUCUCCUUACAACCCGUUUCAAUCCAGUACCUGUAGAUGAGGGCAUUGGAAGCACAGUUUUCGUGCUAUGGACACCUGGCACCUUAUCCCAGGACCCUGCUACAGUCCGUUUUCCCACACAUUUAGUGAAGAGGCUGACAGGAAAGGGUUGGUUGUCUUGUGCUUGGAACCCUGUGAUUGCUUGCUGGCAUCUACAAUAAAGCUGUUUGGAGAAAUGGA